UGGGUCUCCUUAGGAUUGUAAAAUUGAAGCGUAGUCGGAGAAUCGGACCUGAAGCAGCCAUGGCGAUGGCAGCUCGAACUCUCAGCGGCAGCUCUACCGUUAUCUCACUGGUGAGCUCCAUAACCUCUGUUCUUCAAUCACUGAAGCAUCAGAAUCCAGGCUACUCCAACCUCAAUCAUUCUCCUCUUUUACAAUUUUCACAACACCUAAACGCUGGUUUAGUAAUCGAAGUAAUCAAAGCCCAAAACGAACCCCAUACUGCUCUGCUAUUCUUUCAUUGGACCUCCGACCCCAAACCUAACCCUAACAACUACUUCCACACUCAACGUUGUUACUCCAUCAUAGUCGAUCUUCUACUCUCCCAUAGCAUGUUCUCUACGGCAUUUUCGCUUCUUCAGUCGUCCAACAAUCUCUGCGAUUUCAUGGUCGGGAAAUUCAUCAAAGCUUAUGGAGAUCGCGGUGACAUCAGAGGUGCAAUCCACUGGUUUGACCGCGCUAAGACCAUCGAAUCGGGACGCUGUUUGUUUUCGUACAAUGCAAUUUUGGGAGUCUUGGUGAGAGCGAAUCGCAUCAAUCUCGCCCAAGCUAUCUUCGAUCAGAUUCUGAAAGAGCGCUUGGUGAGACCCGAUGUCUCUACUUAUACGACUAUGAUUAGGGGUUAUUGCAAACUGGGUAUGAUCGAGGAUGCAAAGAAAGUGUUUGAUGGAAUGCUCUGCAAACCAAAUUUGAUUACGUAUAAUACGAUUAUUGCGGGACUCUGUAGGAAAGGGCUUGUGGAGAAUGCACGAGAGAUUGUUGAUCGUAUGAUUGCUACAAAAGAUAGUUAUUGUUUGCCCGACACCGUGACUUUCACGACUUUGAUUGAUGGCUACUGCAAAAAAGGUGAGAUGGAGUUGGCAGAAAAAUGUAUGGAUGAGAUGGAAAUUUGGAAAUGCGAGCCGAAUACCUUGACCUACAAUUCAUUGAUCUAUGGUUUAUGUUUAAUGGGAAAGGUUGAUGAGGCGAAGAGGCAGAUGACUAAGAUGAGAUUAAAUGGGUUGAAGAGUGAUGUUGUUACCCACACAAGUCUAUUGAAGGGACUGUGCAUAGUGGGGAGAUCAGAUGAUGCUGCAGAACAUCUCAAGGAGAUGGUCAGCCUUGGGCUGAAACCUGAUGUGAAGUCAUAUGCAGUGGUUGUCAAUGAGUACUGCAAAAACGGGCGAACAACUGAAGCAAUGGCCCUACUGGAUGAAAUGAAAUUGAGGGGGAUCAAUCCGAGUGUUUCCAGCUUCAAUGAACUUUUCAGGGCCCUCACCAAUGCCGGGGAGCACGAUAGAGCAAUUCUGGUUUUGAAGCGAAUGCCUCAAAAGGGUUGCUCCCCAAACUUCUUAUCUUAUAGCAACGUGAUCUGUAGCCUUUGUGGAAUCAAAGGUAGGAUGCGAGAUGUUGAAGACCUUGUCGUCAACAUGCUUCAUAGAGGCCAUGGCCUUGACGCCUCUAUGUACAGUGAAAUGGUUAAGGGGUACUGUAAGGAUGGUGAUCUGGAUAUGGCUAUGGGUAUUUUCUCUGAGAUGAUGGAGAAGGGAUUCAUGAUCAAUCUUCAGAAUUUUUCAUUGUUUGUGAAAGAGUUGUGUGGGAAAGGCAGGAUGUCUGAUGCUGAGAAUGUCUUUAAAGAAAUGGUUAGGAGAUGCACAAUACUUGACUUAGCUAGUUACAGAAGGAUACUAAAUGAGUAUGGUUGUAGGCUACAGGCACCAAUUAAUGGAGGCGGAGGCUAGCUCACUGGUGGUUGCCUUUGGUAUAGCCUCUUUGGAGUGAUUUUGAGGAGUUCUCCAUCCUCCAGAGGGUAAUCAUGUUUGG